GCAGCUCCAUAGAACUUACAAAGGGCACACCACAGUCACUGAAGGCCUGCAAAUUUUCAAAAGAAGCUUUCCACAGUGGCAUGCAAUUCUUUCGUUCAGAUUACGUAUAAAACAAGUGGAAUUCACAAUGUCAGAGAAAUCAAAGGACCACAAAAAGUGCUAUGUCAGUGACGAAGAAAUCUCCACUCUUCUUCAGAGAUACACCCUUAAAACGGUUCUGGCAUUGUUGGAAGAGGUUGAUCAGGUUGAGCAGGCGAAGGAAGUCAAGUAUGAUUGGAAUGCGUUGGUGAAGAAGACCAAGACUGGGAUUACGAAUGCCAGGGAGUAUCAAAUGCUAUGGCGUCAUUUGGCUUAUGGCCAUGCAUUUGUCGAUGGAUUGGUUGAUGAAGCUCAACCUCUGGAUGAUGCCAGUGAUUUAGAAUGUGAAUUGGAAGCUUACCCAGCAGUAAGUAGUGAAGCAUCAGCAGAAGCUUCAGCAUUUGUGAAGGUAUUGGUUGGUUCUGGGACAGCAAACGAUUCCCAUAUGUCAAAUGGCAUGACUGUUGAGGCUCCAUUGACUAUAAGUAUACCCAAUGGCCAAAGAUCUAUAAAUUCUUCAGGAACUUCAGACCAAAGUAUUUCAAUGCAAGAAUCAAAAGUUAUAAUUCCAGUUUUUGUGCCAAAAAAGCCGCUGGCCAACGUGAUAUCAACCAAGGGUUUAGAUACCAAUGGGCCAUCAGAUGCAAAUUUGCCUCCACCACGCAAAAGAAAAUUCUGGUCAGAAGCAGAGGAUAUGGAACUUAUUGCUGCCGUCAAAAAACGCGGUGAAGGAAAUUGGGCAAGUAUCUCAAAAGGAGAUUUUAAGGGCGACAGAACAGCUUCACAGCUAUCUAAGAGGUGGGCCGUUCUUAGGAAGCAACAAGGUGCCUUGGUUGGGAACAAUUCAGAACUCUCAGAAAUGCAUUUGGCUCACCGGGCAAUGUCACUGGCUCUUGAUGUGCCUAUGGGGGAUAAUUCAAAAGCAGCUUCUUCAAUCCGUAGCGAGGGCACAAAUGCAAAUGCUGCACCUGGUAAUCCUGUUAAUCCUCUUGCUUACGAUACUUCCUCAGUUAACAGAAAAUCCCAGCAUCAGGGUCAACAAGAUUUUGCAUCAAAUGCAGCACCAAAGUUAGCGACACUGGGACCUUCAAAAUUGCUGGUAUCAGAAAAACCAUCUACAAAGCCAAAUAUCAGCACAAAUUUAAUGGUCAAAGCAGCUGCAGUUGCUGCUGGGGCCCGCAUUGCUUCCCCUUCAGAUGCUGCAUCACUUUUUAGGGCUGCACAGUCUACGAAUGCUGUCCAUAUCAGUACUGGUGGAGGUCCUUUGAUUAAAUCAUCAUUUUCUGGCAACACGAAUGCAUUAUCAAGUAAUGUGCACCUCAUUCAUACAAGUUUACCAUCUAAUUCAACGUCCCUACUGAGCGCCUCACGGACUGAACCUAAGCCCGUGCAAUGCCAACCUGUAAAUCCUGCAUCACCUGUGGUUCAAUCUAAUGUAGUUGGUAUGGCCUCAGGACUAAAUGCUUCAGCCAAGGUUGUCUCAAAUGGCACACACUCUAAUCCAGUUGCUGAGCUUGGCAUAAAAAAUGUGAAGGAAACUGCUGUUUCUAGUUUGGAAAUUCUAACAGAAAAAGUUGUUCCCCAACAAAACCAAGCUACUUGCCCAAAUAUAGCUUCUGAAGGAGAUCAAAUAUCUGCUUCUACAAGAAAUGCAGUGGUGGAGAAUGCCCAAGGGGAUCAAAAUGCUUUUCCAGGGAACUCAUCUAGAGAGAAGAUUGGAAUGACUUGUGUUUCAGAUGGCCCAGUAAAGGAGAACGGCAAGGAAUCAUAAAGCUUCGUUCGAGGUACUGCUCCAAGAUUAAAUGUUAAAGGCAAGCAAAUCAACUGGUCAUCUAGGGUGCAGAAAGCUACAAUUGCCAUUCCCCUCAAUAAUGGCAACGACGCUGGAGCUGAUUGCAUAAAUGAAA